AUGGCCAGUAAGCACCACCCCAACCUGGUGCGCCUGUUGGGCUUCUGUGUGCACUAUGAUUCCAGCACGGGCCAGAUUGAGCAGGUGCUCGUGUAUGAGUUCAUGGCCAACCGGGACUUGGAGAGCUGGAUUGGACCAGGAGCUCCAAGUCAUCUCUCUCUGUUGCAACGACUGGAUGUUCUGAUUGGAGUGGCCAAGGGGUUGCAAUAUCUUCAUGACUUUGGCAUUGUGCAUCGCGACAUCAAGCCAGCCAACAUUCUGCUUGAUGCAAAAAUGCAUGUACGUCUAACUAUGUUUUCUCCUUGCAUUUUGUUUGACAAGUCGCCAACCUAA